GGUGCAGUUGUGGCGGUACCCAUUACCCAAACAACACUUAAUACACCAUAUGCUACAAACCAAGCUCAUAAAGCUUCCCAUUAUAGCUCUCUUAAACGCUGUCGUUUAACUCUAAAAACUCAUCAUCAUCAUCUUCUUCUUCUUUUUCUUUUUUAUAUCUUUCUCAGCAUUUGUUUAUUUUUAGUAUGUGUGUGUGCCUAAGUACAAAUACACACAUACAAAUAUGAGCUUUACCGAAGGUUGUAAUGCUUUCAAGAGGAAAGGAAUGAAAGAAAUGGAUCAAACCCAUCAAAAGAAUUCUUUCAUUGCAAUCUCUUCUGUAAAAAACAGAAAGAAAGAUAAGGAUUCACAGAGCUUAAACAAGCCAAAACGAUAUGCUUUGAUGUCGUUUAGGGACUUACCGGAGUACAUGAAGGACAAUGAGUUCAUUUUGAAUUAUUACAGAGCUGAUUGGCCUUUGAAAGAAGCUUUUUUUAGCUUACUGCGUUGGCAUAAUGAAACACUUAAUGUUUGGACGCACUUACUUGGAUUUCUUCUGUUUCUGGGUUUGACUAUGGCGAAUUUUUUGGAAGUACCUCAUGUUGUGGAUCUCCUUGGUUUUUUUGCCAGGUCUCUACCAAUUAGUACAGAAGCAAAUGUUUCCAACAAUAUCUCAAUGGGGACAACAAAACUGGUAGAUUUGAAGCAAAUAUCAUCAGCAGGAACAGAAUACAACAACAGUACAACACUUUUUGGCAAUAAUUAUAGCACAGUAGAACAAUGGCCAUUCUUUGUUUUCUUAUCAGGUUCAAUGUUUUGUCUCCUCUCAAGCAGUAUAUGCCACCUAUUCUCAUGUCACUCUCACUCUAUGAACAUCUUUCUAUUAAGAAUUGACUAUGUUGGAAUCACCACCAUGAUCAUCACCUCAUUUUUCCCUCCAAUCUACUACAUUUUCCACUGUGACUCAAACUGGCACUUGGGCUAUCUUGGUGGGAUAACAGCCAUGGGGAUUUUCACCAUCAUCACAUUGCUCUCACCGAGACUCUCAGAAGGAAAAUUCCGCGGUUUUCGAGCCCUUCUCUUCUCUUCCAUGGGACUAUUUGGCAUUGUCCCAACAAUCCAUGCCCUUGUUGUAAACUGGGACAAUCCAAGGAGAAACCAUAUACUAUCUUAUGAGUUAGCCAUGGCUUUUUUCUACUUAACUGGGACUGGUUUUUAUGUUAGUAGAAUUCCAGAGAGAUUGAAACCUGGUUGGUUUGACUUGGCAGGACAUAGUCAUCAAAUCUUCCAUGUUUUUGUGGUCAUGGGUGCUCUGGCUCAUUAUGGUGCCACACUAGUGAUCUUAGAAUGGCGCAGCAAAUUUGGCUGUGUUAGAAGUAUGUGACUCUCUCUGUGAUACAAAUAAUUUAGCUUGCUCUGUUUUCAUUCUUAUUUAUUGGUAAGGGUUUCUAUUCAUUUGCUUAGUAUAUAAUUUUAUAUUAUAAGUUAGUGUUGUAAAAUGCGCUGUAAUUCAAGUUUCCUAGAUAGGAACUAUUAGACACAAGAAAAAGAUGCAAUUCAUUUGUUAUAAUUAUUUUUGCCAGCUAAA